AUGGGGCCGGGGACCCGGGGCCGCCGCUGCCGCCGCCCGAUGUCGCCGCCGCCACCACUGCCGCCCGUGCGGGCGCUGCCCCUGUUGCUACUGCUAGCGGGGCCCGGGGCUGCAGCACCCCCUUGCCUGGACGGGAGCCCGUGUAUGAAUGGAGGUCGCUGCACCCAGCUGCCCUCCCGGGAGGCUGCCUGCCUGUGCCCACCAGGAUGGGUGGGCGAGCGGUGCCAGCUGGAAGACCCCUGCCACUCGGGCCCCUGUGCUGGCCGCGGCGUCUGUCAGAGCUCUGUGGUGGCAGGCACCGCCCGGUUCUCCUGCCGCUGUCCCCGUGGCUUCCGAGGUCCCGACUGCUCCCUGCCGGACCCCUGCCUCAGCAGCCCCUGUACCCAUGGUGCCCGCUGCUCGGUGGGGCCUGAUGGCCGCUACAUCUGCUCCUGCCCGCCUGGCUACCAGGGCCGCAGCUGCCGAAGCGAUGUGGAUGAGUGCCGGGUGGGAGGGCCCUGCCGCCAUGGUGGCACCUGCCUCAACACGCCUGGUUCCUUCCGCUGCCAGUGCCCAGCUGGCUACACGGGGCCACUGUGUGAGAACGCCGUGGUGCCCUGCGCCCCCUCGCCGUGCCGUAACGGGGGCACAUGUAGGCAGAGUGGUGAUCUCACCUAUGACUGCGCCUGCCUUCCUGGGUUUGAGGGCCAGAACUGUGAAGUGAACGUGGACGACUGUCCAGGGCACCGAUGUCUAAAUGGGGGGACAUGUGUGGAUGGCGUCAACACCUACAACUGCCAGUGCCCUCCUGAAUGGACAGGCCAAUUCUGCACGGAGGACGUGGACGAAUGUCAGCUGCAGCCCAACGCUUGCCACAAUGGGGGCACCUGCUUCAACACUCUGGGUGGCCACAGCUGUGUGUGUGUCAAUGGCUGGACAGGCGAGAGCUGCAGUCAGAAUAUCGAUGACUGCGCCACGGCUGUGUGCUUCCAUGGGGCCACCUGCCAUGAUCGUGUGGCCUCGUUCUACUGUGCCUGUCCCAUGGGCAAGACUGGGCUUCUGUGUCAUCUGGAUGACGCCUGCGUCAGCAACCCCUGUCACGAGGAUGCUAUCUGCGACACCAACCCCGUGAAUGGCCGGGCCAUCUGCACCUGUCCACCAGGCUUCACCGGCGGGGCAUGUGACCAGGAUGUAGACGAGUGCUCCAUUGGUGCCAACCCAUGUGAGCACCUGGGCCGAUGUGUGAACACACAGGGCUCGUUCCUAUGCCAGUGCGGCCGUGGCUACACUGGCCCGCGCUGCGAGACCGACGUCAACGAGUGCCUAUCCGGGCCUUGCCGCAACCAGGCCACGUGCCUCGACCGCAUAGGCCAGUUCACCUGCAUCUGCAUGGCAGGCUUUACAGGCACCUAUUGUGAGGUGGACAUGGAUGAGUGUCAAAGCAGUCCGUGUGUCAAUGGUGGGGUCUGCAAGGACAGAGUCAACGGCUUCAGCUGCACCUGCCCCUCGGGCUUCAGUGGGGCCAUGUGUCAGCUGGAUGUGGAUGAGUGUGCAAGCACACCCUGCCGGAAUGGAGCCAAGUGCGUGGACCAGCCCGACGGCUACGAAUGCCGCUGCGCAGAGGGCUUCGAGGGCACGCUGUGUGAGCGCAACGUGGACGACUGCUCCCCGGACCCGUGCCACCAUGGGCGCUGUGUGGACGGCAUUGCCAGCUUCUCGUGCGCGUGCGCCCCGGGAUACACAGGCACGCGCUGUGAGAGCCAGGUGGACGAGUGCCGCAGCCAGCCCUGCCGCCAUGGAGGCAAAUGUCUAGAUUUGGUGGACAAAUAUCUCUGCCGUUGCCCUCCCGGCACCACAGGAGUGAACUGCGAGGUGAACGUUGAUGACUGUGCCAGCAACCCCUGCACCUUUGGAGUCUGCCGGGAUGGCAUCAACCGCUAUGACUGUGUCUGCCAGCCUGGCUUCACAGGGCCCCUUUGCAACGUGGAGAUCAACGAGUGUGCGUCCAGUCCGUGCGGUGAUGGAGGCUCCUGUAUGGAUGGGGAAAAUGGCUUCCGCUGCCUCUGCCCUCCCGGCUCCCUGCCCCCACUCUGCCUCCCCCCGAGCCAUCCCUGUGCCCAAGAACCUUGCAGUCAUGGUGUCUGCCAUGAUGCGCCCGGAGGGUUCCACUGUGUGUGUGAGCCUGGCUGGAGUGGUCCCCGAUGCAGCCAGAGCCUUGCUCGAGAUGCCUGUGAAUCCCAGCCCUGCCAGUCUGGCGGCACCUGCACCAGUGAUGGAAUGGGCUUCCACUGUACCUGUCCCCCUGGUGUCCAGGGCCGUCAGUGUGAGCUGCCAUCCCCCUGUGCCCCGAACCCCUGUGAGCACGGGGGCCACUGCGAGUCUGCCCCGGGCCAGCUGCCUGUCUGCUCCUGCCCCCCUGGCUGGCAAGGCCCACGAUGCCAGCAGGAUGUGGAUGAAUGUGCUGGCCCCUCACCCUGUGGCUCCCGCGGUACCUGCACCAACCUGGAGGGGAGUUUCAGCUGUACCUGCCAUAGGGGGUAUAGUGGCCCUUCCUGUGAUCAGGACAUCGAUGACUGUGAUCCCAACCCCUGCCUGAAUGGUGGCUCCUGUCAGGAUGGCGUGGGCUCCUUCUCAUGCUCCUGCCUCCCUGGCUUCGCUGGCCCCCACUGUGCCCGAGAUGUGGACGAGUGUGUGAGCAGCCCCUGUGGCCCGGGCACGUGCACCGACCACGUGGCCUCCUUUACCUGCACCUGCCCACCUGGUUAUGGAGGUUUCCACUGUGAGCAGGACCUACCAGACUGCAGCCCCAGCUCCUGCUUCCAUGGCGGGACCUGCGUGGACGGCGUGAGCUCGUUCAGCUGCCAGUGCCGCCCCGGCUACACGGGCGCACACUGCCAGCACGAGGCCGACCCCUGCCUCUCUCGGCCCUGUCUGCAUGGGGGCGUCUGCACUGCUGCCCACCCUGGCUUCCGCUGCACCUGCCCGGAGGGCUUCACUGGCGCGCAGUGCCAGACGCUGGUAGACUGGUGCAGCCGCGCGCCCUGUCAGAACGGGGGUCGCUGUGCCCCGACCGGGGCCACCUUCUACUGCCUUUGCCCUCCGGGGUGGAGCGGCCGCCUCUGUGACAUCCGGAGUGUGCCCUGCAGGGAGGCCGCAGCCCAGAUCGGGGUACGGCUGGAAGAGCUGUGUCAGACAGGUGGGCGGUGUGUGGACAAGGACAAUUCCCACUACUGCGUGUGCCCAGAAGGCCGCACGGGCAGCCACUGUGAGCAGGAGGUGGACCCCUGCUUGGCCCAGCCCUGCCAACAUGGGGGCACCUGCAGAGGCUACGUGGGGGGUUAUGUGUGCGAGUGUCCAGCUGGCUACACGGGGGACAGCUGUGAGGAUGAUGUAGACGAGUGUGCCUCCCAGCCCUGCCAGCACGGUGGCUUCUGCAUUGACCUAGUGGCCCGCUAUCUCUGCUCCUGCCCCCCAGGAACACUGGGCGUGCUCUGUGAGAUUAAUGAGGACGACUGUGGCCCAGGCCCACCCCUGGACCAGGGCCCCCGGUGCCUGCACAAUGGUACCUGCGUGGACCUGGUGGGUGGUUUCCGCUGCACCUGCCCCCCCGGAUACACUGGCUUGCGCUGUGAGGCGGACAUCAAUGAGUGUCACCCAGGUGCCUGCCAUGAUGCACACACUCGGGAUUGUCUGCAGGACCCAGGUGGGGGCUUCCACUGCAUUUGCCGAGCAGGCUUCACAGGUCCCCGCUGUCAGACUGUCCUGUCUCCCUGCGAGUCCCAGCCAUGCCAGCACGGAGGCCAGUGCCGUCCCAGCCCAGGCCCUGGGGGUGUGCUGACAUUUACCUGUCACUGCAUUCCGCCGUUCUGGGGCCCGCGUUGCGAGCGGGUGGCGCGCUCCUGCCGGGAGCUGCAGUGUCCGGCGGGCGUCCCGUGCCAGCAGACGGUCCGUGGGCCGCGCUGCGCCUGUCCUCCCGGACUGUCGGGGCCCGCCUGCCGGGGCGCGCGGGGGUCGCCGCCGGUGGCCGCCAACGCGAGCUGCGUGGCCUCCCCGUGCCUCCACGGUGGCUCCUGCCGCCCCGCGCCGCUCGCCCCCUUCUUCCGCUGCACGUGCGCGCCGGGCUGGGCCGGGGCGCGCUGCGAGGCGCCCGCGGCGGCGCCCGAGGCCCCGGAGGAGCCUCUGUGCCCGAGCGCAGCCUGCGAGGCCAAGAGCGGGGACAAGCGCUGUGACCGCGAGUGCAACAGCCCGGGUUGCGGCUGGGACGGCGGCGACUGCUCGCUGAGCGUGGGCGACCCCUGGCGGCAGUGCGCGGCGCUGCAGUGCUGGCGCCUCUUCAACAACAGUCGCUGUGACCCCGCCUGCAGCUCGCCAGCCUGCCUCUACGACAACUUUGAUUGCCGCGCGGGCGGCCGCGAGCGAGCCUGCAACCCAGUGUACGAGAAGUACUGUGCGGACCACUUUGCCGAUGGCCGCUGCGACCAGGGCUGCAACACGGAGGAGUGUGGCUGGGACGGGCUGGACUGUGCGGGCGAGGUGCCGGCCCUGCUGGCCCGCGGUGUGCUGGUGCUCACCGUGCUGCUGCCGCCCGAGGAGCUGCUGCGCUCCAGCGCCGACUUCCUGCAGCGGCUCAGCGGCAUCCUGCGCACCUCGCUGCGCUUCCGCCUGGACGAACACGGCCAGGCCAUGGUCUUUCCUUACCACCGGCCUGGUCCUGGCUCCGAAUCCCGGAACCGGCGGGAGCUGGCCCCUGAGGUGAUCGGCUCUGUGGUGAUGCUGGAGAUUGACAACCGGCUGUGCCUGCAGUCGCCCGAGAAUGACCACUGCUUCCCCGAUGCGCAGAGCGCGGCCGACUACCUGGGAGCGCUGUCGGCCGUGGAGCGCCUUGACUUCCCGUACCCGCUGCGUGCCGUUCGGGGGGAGCCGCUGGAGCUGCCAGAGCCAAGUGUGCCGUUGCUUCCCCUGCUGGCCGCCAGCGCCGUCUUCCUGCUGGUCAUCCUCGUCCUGGGUGUCAUGGUCGCCCGGCGCAAGCGCGAGCACAGCACCCUCUGGUUCCCCGAGGGCUUCGCGCUCCACAAGGAUGUGGCUGCCGGCCACAAGGGCCGGCGGGAGCCCGUGGGCCAAGAUGCGCUGGGCAUGAAGAACAUGGCCAAGAGCGAGACUCUGAUGGGGGAGGUGGCCACAGACUGGAUGGACACGGAGUGCCCAGAGGCUAAGCGACUGAAGGUAGAGGAGCCCUGUGUGGGGGCUGAGGAUGCUGUGGAUUGCCGCCAGUGGACCCAACACCACCUGGUUGCCGCAGACAUCCGUGUGGCACCAGCCAUGGCGCUGACACCCCCGCAGGGCGAUGUGGAUGCUGAUGGCAUGGAUGUCAAUGUGCGAGGCCCAGAUGGCUUCACUCCACUGAUGCUGGCCUCCUUCUGUGGGGGGGCCCUGGAGCCAAUGCCCACUGAGGAGGAUGAGGCAGAAGACACAUCAGCCAGCAUCAUCUCAGACUUGAUCUGCCAGGGAGCCCAGCUUGGGGCACGGACUGACCGCACAGGGGAGACAGCCCUGCACCUGGCUGCCCGCUACGCCCGGGCUGAUGCAGCCAAGCGGUUGCUGGAUGCUGGGGCAGACACCAAUGCCCAGGACCACUCAGGGCGCACUCCUUUGCACACUGCUGUCACCGCGGAUGCCCAGGGCGUGUUCCAGAUUCUCAUCCGGAACCGCUCCACAGACCUGGAUGCCCGCAUGGCGGAUGGCUCUACGGCACUAAUCCUGGCCGCCCGCCUGGCGGUGGAGGGCAUGGUGGAAGAGCUCAUUGCCAGCCAUGCUGAUGUCAAUGCUGUGGAUGAGCUUGGGAAAUCAGCUUUACACUGGGCAGCAGCCGUCAACAAUGUGGAGGCCACCUUGGCCCUGCUCAAAAAUGGAGCCAACAAGGACAUGCAGGAUAGCAAGGAGGAAACUCCACUGUUUCUGGCCGCCCGAGAGGGCAGCUAUGAGGCUGCCAAACUGCUGCUGGACCACUUUGCCAACCGUGAGAUCACAGACCACCUGGACAGGCUGCCGCGGGAUGUGGCCCAGGAGCGGCUGCACCAGGACAUCGUGCGCCUGCUGGACCAGCCCAGUGGGCCCCGCAGCCCUCACGGUCCUCAUGGCCUGGGGCCCCUCCUCUGUCCACCUGGGGCCUUCCUCCCCGGCCUCAAGGUGGCACAGUCGGGGGGCAAGAAGAGCCGGAGGCCACCGGGGAAGGCGGGGCUGGGGCCACAGGGCGCCCGGGGGCGGGGCAAGAAGCUGACGCUGGCCUGCCCGGGUCCCCUGGCCGAGAGCUCAGUCACGCUGUCGCCCGUGGACUCGCUGGACUCCCCGCGGCCCUUCGGUGGGCCCCCCGCGUCCCCUGGCGGCUUCUCCCUUGAGGGGCCCUACGCAGCAGCCACCGCCACGGCCGUGUCCCUGGCUCAGAUUGGUGGCGCGGGCCGGGCGGGUUUAGGGCGCCAGCCCCCCGGGGGCUGCGUGCUCAGCUUGGGUCUGCUGAACCCCGUGGCCGUUCCCCUCGACUGGGCCCGGCUGCCUCCACCUGCCCCGCCAGGGCCCUCGUUCCUGCUGCCGCUGGCGCCGGGACCCCAGCUGCUGAACCCUGGGACCCCCGUGUCCCCCCAGGAGCGGCCCCCGCCAUACCUGGCGGCCCCGGGACACGCCGAGGAGUACCCGGCAGCCGGCGCCCACGGCAGCCCCCCCAAGGCCCGCUUCCUGAGGGUUCCGAGCGAGCACCCUUACCUGACCCCAUCCCCCGAGUCCCCCGAGCACUGGGCCAGCCCCUCGCCUCCCUCCCUCUCGGACUGGUCAGACUCCACGCCCAGCCCAGCCACUGCCACCGGGCCCACGGCCACAGGCGCUGGGGCGCUGCCUGCCCAGCCGCUCCCCCUUUCCGUCCCAGGCCCCCUAGCUCAGGCCCAGACCCAGCUGGGGCCCCAACCGGAAGUCACCCCCAAGAGGCAGGUGUUGGCCUGAAGGCUCUUCAGUUCCUGGAUUUGGGGGGGCUGAACAGAUAUCCCAUCCUGACUCUCUCCCUUUCUUUUUAGACCUUUCCAUUCUCUUCUCUCUUUCCCGGCCCUCCUGUAGCCCUCCCACCCCCCUUGAAGCUGACUGAGAUAGGUCACCAGCCUAGGCUUUUUCAGUCCUCCUUUAUUUAUAGGGGGUGCGGGCUGACCCCCGCCCUCUGGGCCUUGUGAUGAGCCUGGGACCUCCUCCUGCACUCCCCUUCCCCAUUCUUCCUUCCCUCCUUCCCUUCCUGCCUCCUCUGGUCUCUCUCCUUACACUCUGACACGAGUGGA